AUGCCAAAUAAUUGUCCAUUUCCAGUUUAUUUUCGUGAUCGAUAUCCUGCCGAUCUAUUCCGUGUCCAUCAGCGUUUAACGCGGCCUAAUUGUUCACAGCAUGUCUUUACAGAUUAUUAUUAUAUCAUUAUUAAUUGUAUAAUCCCGUAUACAUCGAUACUCAGCUUUCUCACUGGUAUCCCAUUGAUUGUCCUGCUCAAAUUGAAAGUGAAAGCAACAAAUUACUAUCUGCACUACUGGGGUAUAUUCAUCCUAUUCAGUCAUAUCACCUAUUUCAUUAUCACAGCAUGUCAAUGGUUAUAUUACCUGAUCAAUUCAAAAUCACUGACCAUUUCAUCCGAUUGGAUGUGUAAGUUGAUGAGUUCCGCGUUCCGUUUCAUCACCUACAUACAAUUUAAUUCGACAAUCUUAAUUAUUAGUCGUGAACUCUUGGUGUACAAUAGACGACUACGUCGAUGGAGUCGUGAAUUCAUUCUGAUGUAUAGUACACCGUCGAGAUCGAUAUUUUGGUUGAUGCUUAGUCUAAGCAUUCUCCUGUCGGUUCUCCAGACAUUACCAACUUAUUUUAUUAGUCAAUUGAAUUGUGACAAUGACAAGCAUCCUACUACUAAUAAUAAUAAUAAAUCGACAGCGACAACGGGGAGUGAUGUGGUUCCCCACUGUCAGUGUAUCAUUCAACCGAUAUGGUCGAGUAUCUCCGAUGACUACCGCUUUUGGUAUAAAUUACAUCGAAUUGUGUUUUGUGAAGGUGUCCUACCUAUCGUCUGCUUGAUAUUUCUCUCUCAGAAAUUACUGCUGAAAUUGAAAAUCCAUUGUCUUAUUGUCCAAGCUAUGCGACAUGAUGUUUCUUCAGGCCAAGGAUUGCAUAACACCCUCCAAGAGACAUCUUUUCAAUCGUAUCAAUCGGAUUACUCACCGCCAGGUGAGCGUAAUCUGCCCAAAAAGAUGGAAUAUUAUUAUGCUAAGCUGAUGAAUCGAUCAAGGGAAGGCUUGGAGUCGCUGAAAUCUCGGUCAAAAUUGGCUGGACUACUGAGGCGGAAAUCAUCAAAACAGUUGGAGUGA